AUGCCAAGCUUGCAGCUCCUGGUGUGCUAUAGCAGGGCCUCCUCCUUGCCAGGCAAGGUGAACCUGGUCAAGUUUGGGAGACGAGGGAAUCCCCACAAAAGGGUUUUUACCCUGACCCCGGACAUGCACCUCAGCUGGGAUUCUUCGUGGAAGCCAAAGGCAAGGACUCAGGUGGACCUCUCGAGGGUCGACCGCGUGCAGAGGGGCCAGCAGACGAGGAAGUUCAGCCGCUUCGCGGGGAAGCAUCGGAGCGUCACCGGACACUCCCUGUCUAUCAUUUACGAUGACCAGCUGUCGAGCCUCGACCUUGUUGCGGAGAACGACCAGGAAGCGAACACUCUCGUCGGCCUGCUCAACCGCCUGGUCGUGCUGUGCCAGGAUGAGAGGAUGAUGGAAGACGAGGAACUCAAGAACUUCCGACAGCAAUGGAGAAAAGCUGACAAGGAUGGCAACCUUACCCUCGACAGGAAGGAGAUCGUGCGCCUGGUACAGACGCUCAACAUCACGGCGAGCAGCUCGUACAUCAAGAAGAAGAUGAAGGAGGUCGACUUUAACGGCGACGGGGUGCUGCAGUUCAAGGAGUUCGUGUUCCUCAUGCGAAUGCUCGGAGAGCGCCCAGAGGUGGAGGCGCUGUUCCUGACUCUGCUGCAGGCUAGCCGCGAGCCCGACCCCUCGCGGUAUCUGGCCCGCUGCAUUAGCGAGGACCGGGCCACGGACCCCCGCACCGAGGCGGAGAAGCUCCAGCUAAGGCAGGAGACGAUGCCGCUGUCCACGUUCGCAUGGUUCUUGAGGGAGGUCCAGGGGGAGGACGUGUCUGAUGAGCGGGUGGCGGAGCUAGCCUCGGAGGCUACCUCUCACGGGAGCGACAGCGUGCUCUCCUACCGCGCGUUCUUCAACUACAUCGGGAGCGUGAACGACAACUCUCCCGUAGAUACCAAAACGGUGUCCGAGGUGUAUCAGGACAUGAGCCAGCCUUUGUCCCACUACUACAUCUCGUCAAGCCACAACACCUACCUCGAGGGGGACCAACUGCAGAGCAACUCGUCUGUCAACCGGUAUAUCAACGACCUCUGCAAGGGGUGCCGGUGCGUGGAGCUGGACUGCUGGGACGGGGACGACGGAGAGCCUUUGAUCUACCACGGCUACACGCUCACCGGAAGAAUACGCUUCGCUGACGUCAUACAGGCGGUGAUGGACUACGCUUUCAAGAAGACGGACUACCCCGUCAUCCUCUCCCUGGAGAACCACUGCAGCUUGCCCCAGCAACAGAAGAUGGCACAGUGCAUGGUUCGAAUUAUCGGAGACACCAUGGCGGUGCUGCCGGAGCUGGGAGAGGGGGACCCGCUGCCUAGCCCCGAAUCGUUGAGGGGGAAGAUCAUCAUCAAGGGGAAGGUUGUCAAGGAGGGCGAGGAGUACGCAGAGAUGGACGAGGAGGAAGACGAGGAGGGGCAGCAGCAGCAGGCGCUAGAGGCCAGCAAGUCCGGAAAGAUGCCGAUGCUGCGGGCAGGGUUCCGCAGCGGUGUCGCUGGCCCUGCGUCGGACUCUGCUGCUGCCGCUGGGAGGGCGACGAACACCAGGCGACCGUCUAGAGAAAACCUUCCCCCGCCAGCGGGCAAGAUUAGGUGGGGGGGGGGGAAGGGGAGGAAACCACGAGAAAUCGCGGGGCCCCCGGCGUUCCGGAGGAACGGGAGCUCCGCGUCGUGGGGCUGUGAUGUUGUCGAGAGCCAGUUGCCGACGAGGAGAACAAUACAGGCCGCGUUCGGCAGGCCGGUUGAGCCACUUGACGCACCAGAAGCAGCGGCGACGGGAAAUGCGGCGGGAGGAGGGGGGGAGCCCCCGAAGCGGAGAGGGUCGAAGAGCAAGGAGGACAAAAAAAAGAAGAUCCAUCCAGAGCUGUCGGCGAUAACUUUCCUCGCUGGUGUCAAGUUUCACGGGUUCGACAACGCUAAGCGAAGUGAGGGUUACUAUAAAUUGUUGUGGUUCUCCGUGUUGUAG